CACACAACACUACAACGCCUCAGCACCACCGCAACGCAUCUACUCAUCAGAUAAAGAGAGAAAAAGAGUAAAAAAAAAACAGAAGACGUCGGAAAUAAUGCUUGUUGGGCAGCUGGGCUCUACAGCUCUGGCUCUAUCAUUUCUAGUUUAUCUUCGUCUUCUUCGUCAUUUAUUCCGGCUAUAAAUUAUCUGUUUUUUUUGAUAUAUAUAUAUUUGGAGAAAAAAUUUCAAGAAAAAUGCCUGAAUCUUUGCUGUGUACAAAACCCACAACGCUGGAUGGAAUACCCACAAACAAGAAGAAGAAAUCAGAGGAAAUUUUUCAGCAAGGAGAAGAAGAGAGGUUUGUGGAGUCCACCACGACGGCUAAGUCAGUGAUUCUUAUACCUCGGAGCAAAUCUCAGGCGACUACCAGAAGGGUUACUCCUACGACGACCAGCAUAGCCGGCGGUGCCACGUGCAGCAGCAGUAGCUCAGAGGGGAGCAACAACAGCGGCAGCUGGAGUAGUAUAGAGAAGCAUCUACCUAAUGGGGAUCUGUAUAUAGGGAGUUUUUCAGGGAAUUCUCCGCACGGAUCGGGCAAGUAUUUGUGGACAGACGGAUGCAUGUAUGAAGGAGAGUGGAAGAGAGGGAAAGCAUCGGGAAAAGGCAAGUUUUCAUGGCCAUCUGGGGCGACUUUCGAAGGGGAAUUUAAGUCCGGUAGAAUGGAAGGAACUGGGACUUUUAUUGGACCCGAUGGGGAUAUGUAUCGAGGGUCUUGGUCUGCGGAUCGAAAACAUGGCUAUGGUGUGAAGCAUUACUGUAAUGGGGACUAUUAUGAAGGGUAUUGGAAGAAGAAUUUGCAGGAUGGACAGGGGAGAUAUGUUUGGAGGAAUGGAAAUGAGUAUAUCGGAGAAUGGAAGAAUGGCGUUAUUAAUGGGAGAGGAGUAUUGGUUUGGGCUAAUAAUGGGAACAGAUAUGAUGGAAAUUGGGAAAAUGGUGUUCCUAAAGGCCAUGGAGUUUUCACCUGGCCUGAUGGAAGUUGCUACAUUGGUUGCUGGACAAAAGAUUCUAAGAACCAAGGAAAUCAGGUCCUCAAUGGUACUUUUUACCCUGCACACAACAAUAGUGGGAAUAAUGGACAAGGAAAUGGUUGUAGUUUCGGGAAGGGGAAGAUGGAGGGGUUUGGAGGGUUGUUCAGCACGAAACUAUCGGCACCUUUGAUGAUGGAUGAGAAUUUUGGUGGGAUGGUGGUGGCAAUGACGGGAAAGAAGAGGUCAUCGGUGGACGGAGGAAGAGGGAGCUUGACGGAAAGGAACUUUCCGAGGAUUUGCAUUUGGGAAUCGGAUGGUGAGGCUGGGGAUAUUACUUGUGAUAUUAUUGAUAAUGUGGAGGCUUCUAUGAUAUACGGGGAUGGUAUGGUGUUGGAUCAUCGAGAUGGGCUUAAGCAGUUUCGGAGGAAUCCUUGUUGUUUCAGUGGGGAAGUGAAGAAGCCAGGGCUGACCAUUUCCAAAGGGCAUAAGAACUAUGAUUUGAUGCUCAAUCUCCAGUUGGGUAUUCGGCAUUCGGUAGGGAAAGAUGCCUUGAGAAUAAGGGAACUAAAGCAGAGUGAUUUUGAUCCCAACGAGAAGUUUUGGACUAGGUUUCCUCCAGAAGGGUCAAAGAAUACACCACCCCAUCAAUCAGUGGAGUUCCGGUGGAAGGAUUAUUGUCCCAUGGUCUUCAGGCAUUUGAGGCAGCUAUUCCAAGUGGAUCCUGCUGAUUACAUGCUGGCCAUAUGUGGAAAUCAUGCUCUAAGAGAGCUCUCAUCUCCUGGAAAGAGUGGAAGCUUCUUUUACCUGACCCAGGAUGACAGAUUUAUGAUAAAAACAGUGAAGAAAUGUGAAGUCAAGGUACUGAUUAGGAUGCUUCCUAGUUAUUACAAGCAUGUUUGCCGCUAUGAGAAUUCCCUCGUGGCAAAGUUUUAUGGAGUUCAUUGUGUCAAACCAGUAGGCGGUGUAAAGACGCGUUUCAUUGUGAUGGGCAAUUUGGUCUGCUCGGAGUACCGAAUACACAGACGAUUUGACCUCAAAGGAUCAUCCCAUGGCCGCAUUACAGAUAAGCCAGAGGGGGAGAUUGAUGAAACUACAACGCUCAAGGACCUUGACCUGAACUUUGUGUUUCGGCUACAGCAAAAUUGGUACCACGAGCUAAUCAAACAAAUAGAGCGAGAUUGUGAGUUCUUGGAAGCUGAGAGAAUCAUGGAUUACAGUCUUUUGGUUGGUAUUCACUUCCGUGAUGAUAAUACAGGUGAUAAGAUGGGUUUGUCACCGUUUGUCUUGCGGACAGGGAAUAGUGAUUCGUAUCAAACUGAGAAGUUUAUGCGUGGCUGUCGCUUCCUUGAGGCAGAGCUGCAAGACAUGGAUCGCGUCCUUGCUGGGCGGAAACCGUUGAUCCGAUUGGGGGCCAACAUGCCUGCUAGAGCAGAGCGAGUUAAUCGGAGGAGUGAUUUUGAUCAGUACACUCCUGGUUCUCGCAGCAGUGAAAUCUAUGAAAUAGUAUUAUACUUUGGAGUCAUAGAUAUUUUACAGGACUACGACAUCAGCAAGAAGCUAGAGCAUGCAUACAAAUCCUUGCAAGUUGAUCCUACAUCGAUCUCGGCUGUUGAUCCAAAGCUUUAUUCCAAGAGAUUUCGAGAUUUCAUUGGGAGAAUAUUCGUGGAAGAUAGGUGAUUCUACUGAACUGAAGAAUACUAUGGUGGAAUUCGAGUCUGUUCACUUGAAAAGAUUCUUCGUUGAAUCUGAGAUCCUUGCCAUGGGGGCCUAUAGCUGGAAAUGGUGCAGCCUCCGGGCUGGUGGCGGGAAAACAUUCGACCUCGAGUCAUUGCCUGUAUAUGGGGUCCUUUGGGAUUUGGCAGUGAUGCGAUAUGGGGUUUUGCUGUGGCUGAAUUUUGUGGAACAGCCACUACUGGAGUAGGUACUUGUACAUUUUGGUGGGGAUUGGAAUUGGUUUAUGAAUAUCUUUUUUGUUUUUUCUUUUA